CAUUCACUACCGUACCGACCUGAUCUACCAUUCUGUCCAGUGAGCGUCUCUCUUUCUGCUACUGUCCUGUGCUGAACAUGUACACAAAUGUUAACCUAAAUAUGCUAUAUGACUGAAUCAUCUCUGCUGCACGGUGCCCUGGGACGGAUGUUGGGCGCUGCAGGCAGGAAACAUGCAGCAGAAGCGCAACAUUCAGAUCAUAGAAUGGGAGGACUUGGACAAACGCAAGUUCUACUCCUUUGGAGUAUUCAUGACCAUGGCCAUCCGUGUCACGGUCUACCCGGCCACGCUGAUCCGCACCAGGCUGCAGGUUCAGAAGGGGAAAUCUCUCUACACUGGGACCUACGAUGCCUUCUGUAAGAUUCUAAGAGCCGAAGGGCUUAGAGGACUUUACAGGGGCUUCGUGGUGACCACGUUUACACUCAUAUCAGGACAGGCUUACAUAACCACUUACGAACUGGUAAGGAAAUAUGUUUCCAACUAUUCUAAGGACAAUACGCUAAAGUCAUUAGUAGCAGGAGGCUCAGCGUCACUGGUGGCCCAGACCAUUACUGUUCCCAUAGAUGUCGUAUCACAGCACCUCAUGAUGCAGGGCCAAGGGGAGCAUCUGACCCGCUUUAAAAUUAAACCCGAAGCAAAGCACUCUGUAUUUUUCGGCCAGACGAGAUACAUUAUUGGGCAGAUGUUUGCUGCAGAUGGCAUUCGUGGGUUCUACCGAGGAUAUGUGGCAUCUCUCCUCACAUACAUCCCCAAUAGUGCUGUUUGGUGGCCGUUCUACCACUUCUAUGCAGAACAGUUGUCUAAGAUGGCUCCCAGUACCUGCCCUCAUCUAGUGCUGCAGGCAAUGGCUGGACCUCUGGCGGCCGCCACUGCCUCUACUGUCACCAACCCCAUGGACGUCAUCAGGGCCCGGGUUCAGGUGGAGGGCAGGACAUCAGUCAUUGAGACCUUUAACCAGCUGAUCAGAGAGGAAGGAUUCUGGGGGAUGACCAAAGGCCUCUCUGCUCGCAUCAUAUCCUCAACGCCUACAGCAAUAGUCAUGGUGGUUGGUUAUGAAACUCUAAAAAAGCUCAGCUUACGACCAGAGCUGGUUGACUCCCGACACUGGUGAAAAAGAAAUAGAAACUUUACAGUGUCUGUCAUCUGCCCUAAUACUCUUCCACUCCCCCUUAUUGUUCAUUUUUGCCUUUUAAAUCUCUUGCCUUGUGAUGCUUCAGUGUGACACUGCUGGUUACUUUUGGGUGAUUAUUGUGAUUUAAAAAAAAUGUUUUAGCUAAUAAUAAUGCAGCUUUUGAGCUCUUUGUUACUGUCAAGAAAAAAAUGCUGCUCAGGUUUUUAAUCGGUGUAAGAGGCACAAAAGUCUUUCUUGAAUGAGUUUUUAAAAAGAAUGUGAUCAAACAGAUUUAAUGUUUUAUUUAAAGUAUUUUAAAUGUCUUCAGGUGUUUAUAUUCUGAAGGAUAUAAACAAUAUUUCUUUUAAGAUAUUUCAUUUAGAGAAAACACUCCAUUCGACUGUCCCCAAAAUUGCAUUUUAUCCAUAGUAGGUAUAGUUUUUAUUGUAACUAGAUCUUCUAAUGUGUACAUGUUUUUCCUCUGAAUAUGCUUUCCAUUGUUUUUUUUGGUGUUGGGAUGUUUUAAGUUGCCAAAGCUGAGUAAAUAUAUUCGAAUCUCUUGAUAGCCUAUGCUGAAGAUAAUGAAAACCUAAAACUGA